AUGGAUGGGAAGAACACCCACCGGGUUGACUCUCUCUCCAAACUCACCAAAGUGGACGAGCUAAGAGUUAAAAUAAUGGAACUGUUUGAUGUGGAGCCAGAAAGACAGAGGCUGUUUUACCGGGGCAAACAGAUGGAGGAUGGCCAUACUAUAUUUGACUACAAUGUCGGCCUCAAUGACAUUGUGCAGCUGAUGGUUCGCCAGAUGGCUCCUCCGGCUGAAGUGGUGAAAGACAAAGAAGCCGAGCUGUCUGAUUCUGAUUCUGGCUGUGGUUCCACUCAGAGCGAGUCCGAUAAGAACUCAACUCAAGGAGAGGAAGUGCCAGCAGCGAGCACAUCAGCAGAGGCGGCCGCUCCAGAGCUCGUUGAUCCAGGUUUUGGUCAUUACAAGAUCAAUGAAUUUGUUGAUGCAAGAGAUCUGAAUAUGGGAGCUUGGUUUGAGGCCCAGGUUGUAAAUGUCACAAAGGCUGAAAAGACUGAAGGUGAAAUGGAGACUCAGCCAGAGGAGAUCAUUUACCAUGUCAAAUAUGAAGAUUACCCAGAAAAUGGAGUGGUUAAAAUGGCCGCCAAAGAGAUCCGUCCUCGAGCUCGCACUGUUUACCAGUGGCACCAGUUGGAACCUGGCAUGAUUGUUAUGGUAAACUAUAACCCGGAUGACCCCAAAGAACGGGGCUUUUGGUAUGAUGCCGAGAUCCAGAGAGUAAGAGAAACCCGAACAAUCCGUGAGAUCUAUGCAAAAAUCCGCCUUGGAAAUGCAGAGGACUCUCUCAAUGACUGUCGCAUUAUGUUUAUUACUGAAAUCUACAAAAUUGAAGAACCUGGCAGUCAGAAUGAUGCUCCAACAGGAAAUGAGAGUCCGUUGAAAAGAUCAAAUGGACCGGAGUGCAAGCACUGCAAAGAUGACCUGAAGAAGAACUGUCGCUUGUGUAACUGUCACGUGUGCGGCAUAAAGCAGGACCCUGACAAACAGCUGCUGUGCGACGAGUGCGACAUGGCCUACCACACCUACUGCCUCAACCCGCCCCUCACCUCCAUCCCUGAGGACGAAGACUGGUAUUGCCCAAACUGCCGCAAUGACUCGAGCGAGGUCGUGCGUGCAGGAGAGAAGCUUAAGGAGAGCAAAAAGAAAUCAAAGAUGGCGUCUGCAAACUCCUCCACCCAGAGAGACUGGGGCAAAGGAAUGGCUUGUGUUGGACGGACUAAACAGUGCACAAUCGUCCCAUCAAAUCAUUAUGGACCCAUUCCCGGUGUUCCUGUCGGCUCUCUAUGGAAGUUUAGAGUACAGGUCAGUGAGGCAGGCGUGCAUCGUCCUCAUGUGGCAGGAAUCCACGGUAGAAGCAACGAUGGCGCUUAUUCCCUUGUGCUCGCUGGAGGUUAUGAAGACGACGUGGAUGACGGAAACGAAUUUACAUACACGGGGUCUGGAGGCCGCGACUUGUCCGGGAACAAGAGAACUGCGGAGCAAUCCUGCGACCAGACUCUCACACACAUGAACAGGGCCUUGGCUCUCAACUGCAACGUGUCUUUUAACGCCAAAAAUGGGGCCGAGGCAAAAAACUGGAAAGACGGGAAGCCUGUCCGGGUUGUUCGGAACUCCAAGGGGGCUAAACACAGUAAAUAUGCCCCUGAAGAAGGCAAUCGAUACGACGGCAUUUACAAGGUUGUUAAGUACUGGCCAGAAAAGGGAAAGUCUGGCUUCUUGGUCUGGAGAUAUCUUUUGCGGCGAGACGACAGUGAAUCUGCACCGUGGUCAAAAGAUGGGAAGGAAAGGAUCAAAAAGCUUGGUCUUAUUUUGCAGUAUCCCGCUGGUUAUCAAAAAGAAAAGGAGAAUAAGAACGAAGUGGAAGAUGGAACACCAGAAGACACUCCCAACAAGUCAAAAAGAAAGAGAAAGUCCCAGGGCUCGGAAUCUGCCAAGAGCUCGCCCGCCAAGACGCCAAAGAAGACAAAAGUCGAGGCGUACAAACUUACCAAGGAACAGAAGGCACUUAUCAAGAGUGAUGAGCUGAACAAAAAAGUGUGGGAUGAAGCCAUGCAGUCUUUGUCUCUGGGACCAAAAUUCUUAACUCACGUUGAAGAGGUGUUUCUCUGCAUUUGCUGCCAGGAAGUCGUGUUUCAGCCAAUCACCACAGAGUGCCAUCACAAUGUCUGUCGGGAAUGUCUCCAGCGCUCCUUCAGGGCAGAUGUGUUCACUUGUCCCGCCUGCAGACACGACUUGGGCAAAAAUUACUCCAUGGCCAUCAACCAAAUCGAAACUGGCCCACGGGUUUUAAAGAACGAUACCUCCUCCACGGACCCGAGGAGAAGGGUGAUUUAUUUCGCACAGGAGAUACGUCUGCACAUCUUCUGA